AUGCCACCAAAAGCCAACUCCUCCGAAAAAAGCGACGACGAAAAACUCCUCAUCGCCGUACUCAGCCAGUGGGACCCUCUUCCUCCAGUCGACAACCGUAAAUUGGGCGAAGCACUUGGUAUUAAACCCGGAACCGCAGGAGUACGCUGGCACCGAUUCAAGGCCAAACUAUUCAAAAACAACGAGGAUGCAUCGCAAGUUGUACAGGCUACAGAUGAUAAUUUGGGUGUUGGACAGGAAGCAGCCGCCGUAGUCGAGAAGCAAAUGAAUAGUAAGAAAGGAGGACGGAAGCGGGUAGCCGUGAAGGAGGGAUCGGAUGAGCCACCUGCUCGACGAAAGAAAAUUGAUAAUUCGAUCGUCGUGUCUUUGAAUGCAGCUACUUCCAAACCGGGUCCGGGUAAAGGAACAAAUAAUGACAAGGGACAUUUGGAUGGGCUGGUUGCGAAUGUCAAGCAGGAGAAUGGUCAAUUUGAGGAUGGUAUAGAAUGGCUGCAGAUCGGGGAGAAUGGAAAUGAACUAGAUGGAUUGUCAUCAGGAGACGAGGCCUGA